UGUUCUUUUGGGCACUCCCCCUCCCCUCUCCUCCAAAUGCGCUCCCUGCCACAGAUAUAAAACUCACAGGAUGCUUGCUGCCAAACACAGUUGCGAGCACAGAACAGUCAUUCAACGAAACCAUCUCCAGUCUUCACAACAUAAAAUGCGCCCCAACGCAGCGAUGUCUCUGGGUAUGCUGGCCGUGUACUUGCUGAUAUGCAUGUCCAAUCUGAUGGCCGCGUAUCCAUCCAAACCCGUCAUUCCCGCAGAAGAUGCGCCUGUCGAGGACUUCGCCAAGUACUUCUCUGCACUCAGACACUACAUCAACCAAAUCACUCGACAGCGGUAUGGGAAAAGAUCCAGCCCUGAUAUGGUGUUCUCUGACCUGCUACAGAGGGAGAGCACAGAGAGCAUCCCACUAGCAAGCUAUGGAAGAUAUGAGGAUCUACCGUUGUGGUGGUGAAGCCAGUGUAUUACGGACUUCCAUACCAGUCCCUUUCAACAACACCACACUGCCUGUUUGUCACAGCACCACAACAACAACACCACACUGCCUGUUGGUCACCGCACCACAACAACACCACACUGCCUGUUGGUCACAGCACCACAACACCACCAUA